AAAAGCAGGAGAAGAGGACUCGUGGAGGUGAGCCAAGGAGCCGAGGACCCCCCGGAACGUCCAGCCACCGCCGUUGAGCCGCCGACCGCCGCCGUUUUCCUCGGAACCCAGGUUGAGCUGCAGAGAGAAAAGGCACAAAUGGUGGAAGAAGUCAGAGGUGCUCUUCAUGACGAAAAUGCUGAGCUCAUUACCAUAUUUGCUCUGGUUGACGACAUUCAACGCCUAGGAUUGGGACGUCACUUUGAGGAAGACAUUUCGCGAGCUCUUCACAGAUGUCUCUCUCCAGAUGUGGUCUAUAAAGGCCUACAGAAGUCUCUGCAUGGCACAGCUCUCAGCUUUAGAAUUCUUAGACAGCAUGGCUUUGAAGUUUCUCAAGAUGUUUUUAAGAUUUUCAUGGACGAAAGUGGCAGUUUUAUGAAGAACCUUGGGAAUGACGUCCAAGGUAUGCUAAGCCUAUACGAAGCCUCCCAUUUGGCCUUUGAAGAAGAAGAUAUUUUGCACGAGGCUGAAACAUUCACCAUCGAGCAUCUCAAAAACCAUAAUCGCGACAUCAACAAAGAUCUUCAGGGCGAAGUGAACCAUGAAUUGGAAUGGCCCCUGCACCGUAGAAUGUCGCUGUUAGAAGCUCGAAGGUUCAUCGAAGCUUAUAGCAGACGUAGAUACACGAGUCAUCGAAUCCUCAAAUUUUCUGCUACGAACUUCAACACGUUGCAAUCAACCCUCCAAGGAGAUCUCCAGGAAGUGUUCAGAUGGUGGGAUAAUGUUGGCCUCGCAAACGAACUAAACUUCGCGAGGGAUAGACUGGUGGAGUGCUUCUUUGCAGCGGUCGCAGUGGCAGAUGAGCAUCCACUCAGUAAUUGUCGGAAAGGGCUGACCAAAGCGAACAUACUGAACGUCAUCAUCGACGAUGUGUACGAUAUUUAUGGCACAUUGGACGAGCUGGAGUUAUUCACAGACGCUGUUCGCAGAUGGGAAAUUAAUGCUGUGGAAGAUCUUCCUGGCUAUAUGAAGUUGUGCUUCUUAGCUCUCUACAACUGCGUGAACGAACUGGCUUACGACACUCUCAAGGAGACUCGGGAAAAUGUCAUCCCGUAUUUGACAAAAGCGUGGUAUGAUGCGUGUGAAGCCUUCUUGCAAGAAGCUAAAUGGAGUCACAACAAGAUCACCCCACGAGUAGAAGAGUACUUGAACAAUGGGUGGAUUUCAGUAUCAGGGCAUGUCAUGUUGAUUCAUGCCUACUUUUUAUCCAGUCCAAGCAUGAGAAAGGAGGAACUUGAAUCACUAGAACAUUACCAUGAUCUCUUGCGGUUGCCAUCCAUGAUUUUCCGUCUUACCAAUGAUCUUGCUACCUCAUCGGCUGAGCUCGAGAGGGAGAGACGACAAAUUCAAUCUGGUGUUACAUGCAAGAAAUGGGGUCUCCGAGUUAGAGGCUCGCAAAUACGUUAUAAAAAUGAUCGACACAACGUGGAAGAAGCUGAACAAAUAUCUAGUCAAUGACUCAACCUUCAAUCAAUCUUUUGUGCGGAUGGCUUUCAACCUUGCACGGAUGGCGCAUUGUAUGUACCAUGACGGAGAUGCAGUUGGAGCUCCAGACGAUCUAUCGAUGAACCGUGUGCACUCACUAAUAAUUGAUCCAGUUUCUCUCGA